UUUUAUCCAAACACUACCUAAAUUUUCCCGCACGCAAAAUUACAAAAGCCAAAAAGAAAAAAAAAAAGAAGGCCAUCGACAGUUCCACCAACCUCUCUCUCUCUCUUAUCUCGGUUCCUUGUAUCUUCCGAAAGAAAUGAAGGCCUCUUUGAAAGGCAGAUACACAGAUGACAAGAGUACCGCUGCUGUAACUCUUGCCGUCAACGCCGGCAAUGUCAAGCUACGCGCCUCCAUGACUGACGCCACGGUCGUCAACGGUCCCAGCCUGAACGGCUUGACUUUAGCCGUUGAAAAACCUGGCUUCUUGAUCAUCGACUAUGAUGUCCCCAAAAAGGAUUUUCGCUUUCAGUUUAUGAACUCAGUUAGGGUUGCGGAGAAGCCGUUGAAGCUCACUUAUAUUCACGGCAGAGGGGAUAACCGGACGGUGGUGGACGGUGCACUCGUAUUCGAUUCUGCUAACAAGGUGUCGGCUAAUUACAUGCUUGGUACGAGGAACUGUAAGCUCAAGUAUAGUUACGUGCACGGAGGGGUUACGACUUUCGAGCCGUGUUAUGAUUUGGGAAAGAACGCGUGGGAUUUUGCAAUUUCGAGGAGAAUAUAUGACGAUGUUUUUAAGGCAACGUAUCAGAUAUGGAGCAAGGAUUUGGCGUUGGAGUGGUCGAGAAAUUCAAAGUUUAAUGGAACUUUUAAGAUUUCAGCAUCUGUCAACCUGGCUGAAGAAUCUAAGAUCCCCAAAAUUAUUGCUGAGAGUACCUGGGAUUUGGAAAUGUGAUUUGUUCUCCAUUCUUAUCCAUUUGCGUGUUUGAAUUAUAUACAUUUGGACAAACAGCUUUACUUAAGCCUUCAAUAGUUUCAAAACAUGGUUUUGCUCCGGUCUUUGGUGGGCUCAUUACUUGGAUAAUGACAGCUCUGUUGUGUUGGUUAUACCAGACUUGUAUUACUUAUUUAUCAAAUUAUGAAUAUCUGGUCCUCAUUCUUGCAAGACGUUGUUA